CAUUCACCACCGCACACCACGUUUUCCCAUAGUCUUACCCCAGUCUUACAGCAUGCUUGCGUCAAGAUGGGCGCCCAAAGCCGACGAGUCGGAGCCGCCAAACCCUGCCUCGCCAGCGCAGGAACCACCGCCUGUUGAGGCGUCGCAUGCCCCUCCUACUUCCGACACGCCGUACGACUACAACUACGCCGACCCCUCAAUAGACCCUUUCGCGCAGACUGCGAGUACCGACGACCUCUUCUUCGACGACGAUUUCACACCCAUAGCCGAGCCAGUCGUCGAGCAGAACCCAGUCGACGUACGGCACCAAGAGCCUAUACCCGACGAAGCUGCACCGCCGAGCGGACUGGGGCAGUCGCAGUACUCUGGCCACACACCACGGGGUCCCGCAAACGGAGAAAGGGGAGGCCGCGGCCGUGGGCGAGGCAGAGUGCGCGGAAGAGGACGUGGGGGCAUCCAAAACGUCGAACCACGGGAAAUCAAAGAGAAGCCGCAGGACAAGGAAGUCAAGGAUGGAGAAACAGCCUCAGAAACCACAGCGCCGGCAGAAGCCACCGAAACUCCCUCGACGCCGACCGCCCCGAAAGACCCCAAAGCCACACAUUCCGUCCGCGGCGACCGCACCCUCACAGGCGGCACUCCACGCACGCGCCUCACCGAAGAACAGCUUAAUGCCAAGCUUGCCAGCAUGCGCUCCAAGAACGAGACUCUAGCCGCCGCACACGCCCGUGCCGAAGCUGACCUCGCUAACUUCGAAGCGCGCGAAGCAGCCCUGGCAAAGCAGGACGCGGAGCGGCGCAAACACCAAGCCGCGCGACAGAAGGAAGAGCGGCAGAACAGACAGCAGAUGAUGGGGGAGCGGGAAAAGAAUAGGCAGCGCAAGUUAGACGCGGUUAAAGGCCGGGAGUGGGAUUUCCAGAAGGAGGAGGGGUUUACGGGGACGGGCGAGGAGAGGAGGAGAGGCGCGGCGCGGGGAGCAUACGGCGGUGUUGCGCCAAGCCCAAGACCAGCUGGAGAUGAGUGGGGGAGCUCAGAUCCAACGCAGGAGGAGGCUAGUAUACCUACACAUCUCGGCCGGGGACGAGGACGAGGACGCGGUGGCAGGGGUGGAAGAGGUGGCCGAGGAGAUCACUCCAACACCCACGCUCCUCCGAAAAAGGAACCCGAAGUCCAACACCCACCCAGAGCGUCUGAUUUCCCCGAGCUGCCCUCCGCGCCACACGCCGCCCCCAAAGACGCCGAAGCCUCCCCCUCAACCCCCAAGAAACUCGACUUCCCGCUGCGAACCAAGACCAGCGAACUCAAAUCCCCCACCGAGCCCGACCGCCCCGGCGUCAAAAAGCAAGAAUCAUUCGGCCUCCCCUCACCUGCCGGCGCGGGCAAGAGCUGGGCCGAUCAAGUGGAGAACUCGUAGAACGAGCGCUGUCCAGAUAGAUGUUGGUGUUGCAAUUGAGGUACAUGCUUUGUGCGGGACAUUACUGUUUCUUUGUAAUAUCCGUUCGUGGUUUGGUUAAAAUGGGACGGGAGAGAAGACGGAGGGCGGUUGUUGGAUAGCUAAAUUUGUAUCUUCAUAAACUGCUUGGGAAGAAAAGGGUAUGCUGCGGUAAACCCAAUUGGUAUACCGGUAAGAUGGAAAGAGCAGCACGAGCAGCACGAGCAGCACGAGCAGCACGAGCGUGUGCUGAACACGGCCAUAUCAGAUAGGUGUAGAUACUAAUACACCAC